CUCUCUUCAGCUAAAGCAACAUCUUGUCAUGGCUCCAUUUAGCUCUGGUCCUCUGAAGUCUGAAGUUAGUUUCACGUUCAAAAGCAGAGCAUUGAAAGCUUCCUUCACCUUUCAUGUGCGUCGUGGCUUAACUAAACAUUCACUGUACAUAUAAUAUUAAUUAUCCACAUGUUUCCCUCACAUGCCUUCACUCAUAUAUAUACCCAACUUCUUUCUUUCUCUUCAGCAGAACAAAGAAACAUGGCAUUUCCUGAAACCCAUCUCCAUAUGCCCAUUAGAUCUAUAAGUCUCCCAUCAAGAAUCCAUCCUCCUUCAGCUAAAUUCCAAGCUGCACUCUCUCAACUUCACACUUGCCAUAACUCAUCAUCCUCUGAUUCUCAAUCUCUUCAAAUAUCAUUGCUCAACCUCUCUGAACUUUACCAUUCUCUCCACCAGCUCAAUCAUUCUCUUCCCACCGCUCAAGCCGAACAUUCUCUUGACGUGUCAACCACGUUACUAGACUCUUGUGACGCAGCGAGAAACUUAAUCCUCUAUCUUAGAGAGCAUCUCCUCAGCCUUCAGUCUGCACUUAGGAGAAAGGGAAAAUCCAUGGAAGUCCAGAUCAAAGAGUACUUUGUCUUCAGAAAAAAGAUCAAGAAAGAGACUAGCAAGCUUGUUCUUGGCCUCAAGAAGCUGGAUGGCUCUGAGACCACCGUGUUGGCUGUUUCACUCUUUCGAUCCCUUUUCACGUAUCUGUCGACAGCAUCGGCCAUGAAGACAAACACAUGUACUCUCAGAUUUGUCUCUAAGCUUAUCGGUGGUGGUGGUGGUCGAUCCUCGUCGUCGAUAAUGAGCGAGUUGCAUAAUCUGGAUUUGGUUUUGCGUUCGGAUGGAGACAACUCCAAGGAAGUGAAGAAGGCUCUGGAGAUAUUAGAGGAGAGAACAGAGGGGCUUGAAGCUGCACUUGAUUCUCUUUUCAAGUCUCUUGUCCAAUAUAGAGUUUAUUUGCUUAACAUUCUCACAACACGCUCUUAGUUAGUUCUAAUUGUACACAAAACAUAUAUAGAAAGACUUACAAAUUCUCAUAGUGAAGAUUAAUUGUAAUUGUAAUCCGCUAA